GGAUGUUUACCUACUUUGCAGGAUGCAAAUCUAUUUUAUUUGUGCUGUUGCUGCAAUAUUUGAAAUUUGAUAAUUGUGAAGAACUGGGAAAUAAUGCACCAGAGGUGUUGGUAUUUGGUGGUAAUGGGUUUAUGGGAUCUUCCUUAGUUGAGAAACUUCUUCUCAGAGGAUACCACGUCACUGUAGUAAACAGAGGAAACUGGUAUUGGGAUUCUGGCAUUAAAAUCAAGCCACGUGUAAGUCACGUGAUUUGUGAUCGUCUGCAGCCACUUAAAAACUGCACAGACCUGAGAGUAUUGUACAAUUCUAAGUUUGAUGUAGUGAUUGAUUUCAGUGCAUUUCACAGAUUUCAAAUUCAAGAUGUUUUCGACAUAUUCCAAGACAGAAUCGGUUUGUAUAUUCUCAUAAGUUCUGAUUCUGUCUAUGAGGUUUGCAACAAAAGUCAUGACGGGUAUACACGUGAAACCGAUGCUAUCAGACCAAAGAAUGUUCUUCAACGCGAGGAGUAUGCUAAAAAAGAUGGUUAUGGCCACAGGAAACUUUUAUGCGAGGAGGAACUUAGAUUUCAGAGCAUGAAGUGGGGAUCAGUACCAUUCGUAUCUCUAAGAUUACCCGAUGUCAUUGGUCCUCGAGAUAAUACGUACCGCUGGUGGUUAUAUCAGUUACAGAUCAGCCUCAGUGCUCACUUAGAGUCUAACGUUAGACUCUCUAAAUCCCAGUGUCAGACACCGUUAAGUUUAGUGCAUUCCGAUGAUGUAGCUGACGCAAUCCUCCACAUAUGUUCGCAAAACCCAUCAAAUUUUGCUCAAGGAAAGGCAUUUAACUUGGCCUUCCGGGAAAAUCCAACCCUUUUGGAAGUGUUUGAGAUGAUGAAAACUGAAUUGAAUAAGAAAGAUGUUUCAAUCAUUUGUGGUGAAGAAUUAGGCUUCAGAUUUUAUCCCACAGUGACCAUGGGACCAAUAGAUAUAUCGUUUGCAGAAAAGGAAUUGAACUGGAAUCCCAUUCCGUUUUCGGAGGCUGUAAAGGACGUUGUCGCCUUUUACGAAUCGGCAUCCAGAAAUCCAGAAUUUAAAAAAGAACAAGAGAACGCUUUAAAUUUUGCCAAAAUAUCGAUGCCUAUUACAAGCGAUCCCGAUAGAAUAUACGAAGCUUUCUCCAAGGAGUAUCUGACGAUGGCAACAAAUAGAGACGAGUUGUAGUUUACGGGCAUGGUCGAAAACUGAGGGGAUACAUGAAACUCAUCAGUUGAAAUAAUAAAUAUUGAUAUAUCAAAAAUAUACACAUGUAGUAGUAUGAAGUAAUAAUAUGAUUUGAGUAAAAAAAAUUAGGGCAUUUACGCAAGAUAUUAUAUAAACUGUUUGCUGGCAUUAAAGUGUUCGCAUUACACAUGCACUUCAAUAAUUAAUGUCGUACAUUUAAAUAUGCUUAGCAGACAAGACACUCUAUGUGACUUGUAAAAUGGAAAUGAAAAAUGAAUAAACAAUUAUAUCGUG